AUGGUUGGUAGCACCAUUCCCCUUGCAAGCCUAGUUUUAUUUUUCUUCAUCAAGCGGCAUUGCACUUCUUACAUGCAUGGUCGACAAGGAUUUCGCGGGGAAAAAGAGACAAGGGUUCAGGUUUAG